AUGUCUCUUGUCCAUCCGUACCCUGACACUUACAGAUUAUCCCAGUCAUCCCGACAGCCUUGCCCGAGCGAGGGGUCAUACAAGGAAUUGAUGUUCCCUGGCAUCGCGUCCCAAGCUAAUAAGCGCCUCCGUGAUAGACCAGCGGUGGGUGUCGAUUCUGGGGGUGGUAUUUACUAUCACUUGGUAUUGGAUCAAACGGGUCGACUCGCUGCGGUGGCCGUUCAUGGCCGGUUUGGUCGUCCUAAACUCUGUGUUGGGACUCACCUCGGCCUCUGGAUCUCCGGUCGCCUGCUGCAGGGUGCAGCCAACGGGGCGGUAUGGACAAUGGGCUCUGCGCUCUUGCGGCAGACAGUGGUGGAAGAAGGACUCGGGCAAGCAUUUGGCUACAUUGGAAUGGGGAUGAUUGUUGGGGGAAUCGCCGGACCCCUGCUGGGCGGUGCGCUAUACGAGCAUGCCGGCUAUUAUACGGUGUUUGGGCUGGCGUUUGCGCUGCUCGGCUUCGACAUGCUGCUCCGGAUUAUUCUGAUAGAGACGAAGCCCGCAACGAACGGGCUUGAGUCCCGUGGCGAAUUUCCGGACGGGCCAUUGCCCGCGCAUUCAGCCCCAGAUGAAGAGGCCAGGUUCCGCACUGUACAGACCGAUAUAGCAUGUGCGCCGCAGACGGCACCGCCCACAAACUCUAAAGCCGUCUCGGCUCUCUUGUCUUGUCCCCGCCUUUGGGUGGUUCUGUGGGGCUGCAUGGUGACUGCCAUGAUCAUGACAGCGUUCGACAGCGUCCUGGCGCUCUUUGUCCGGGAACGGUUUGGCUGGAACCAGUCGGCCCAGGGGCUGGUAUUUCUGGCAUUAUUUAUCCCACAACUGCUCAACCCGGCCGUUGGGAUGAUCCGCGACAGGUACGCGCGGGCCGGCCGCUACAUGGUGAGCGGGGCAUUUGCCAUCGGCUCCCUGGUCUUGAUCCUUCUGCGCUUUGUAGCGAACGACUCUAUGGGAUCCAAAGUACUUCUCUGUACGUUGCUCGCUGUCGUCGGUCUGUGUUUUACGUUCUCGAUGACUCCGUUAUUUGUAGAGAUCUCGGACGUGGUGCGCGACAUGGAGAAAAAAACUCCAGGGAGGCUGGACCAGGCAGCUGCGACAGCGCUGGGGUAUGGGCUCAUGAACUCCUCUUGGUCUGCGGGAGCUCUUGUUGGGCCAUUUCUGGCCGGAUUUAUCAAAAAUGCGGCCGGAUGGACUACGAUGGCUUGGGCGCUGGGACUGGUGGUUGGUGUGUCGGCAGUUCUGGUCCUGUUGUUCAUGGGAGAAAGCUGGUUGUUGCCCACCUGUCGAUCCGCAGCAUUAUGUCAGAAUGAAGUGAUAGAUGUGGGUAGUGUUCAUGACUAG